AAUAAUUUCCGUCAAAUUAACAUGCUGUUAAAUUGACGGAGUUUAAUGAAUAAUGUUUAUUGUUAUAUACAGAGAGAGUGCUGAAAUCAUAACCUCAAUAAAUUGUUAAUAAGUUUUUUUGUUAUUAAAAAAAUCAUCUCAACUCAAAUAGUAUUUAAUAUUGUAAUGUAAAUAUAAGUAAAAAUUAACUGAAUUUUAUAAUUGACAAUUGUAACAAUGAUGAUUCAGAGAUUAAAAGGUUUUUAUUCAGCUGUUUCAAAACUGCAGCCUCAAAUAAAUGGAAUAAGAUGUAUGUCUUCAUUGUUGACAAAAAGUGAUGCUCAAGAAAGAAGAAAUGAGGCAUUUAAUAAUGAAAAAAAACGUCAAAGAGCUGCCGUUGGUAGAAUUGAAAAAGUAACAGUAACUUAUCAAGGUAAUGGAGAAGAAAUUAAAUUGUUAAUGAAUAAAGAAUUAUCAACACCAUAUGAUUGUGCUAGACACAUAACUGAAGGUGUUGCUACAACAUCAGCUCUUGCAUCUGUUAAUGGUGUACCAUGGGAUAUGCAUCGGCCUCUUGUAUCAGAUUGUGAACUUAAACUUUUUACAAUGCGUACACCCGAUCGAUCAGUUAACAAUGCAUUUUGGCGAACAUGUUCAUUAAUGCUUGGUGCUGUUGUUGAUUCAGCAUUCAAAGACAACAUAACAUGUCAUCUUCAUAGUUUCACAUCACCAAAUAUUAAAUCUGGAAGUUUUCUUUAUGAUGUUUAUCUAGAUUUACCAAAUUGGUCACCAACUCUUGCUGAAAUGAAAUCAUUAUCAGGUCUUUUUAGCCAAUUAUGUGAAAAAAAAUUACCAAUUGAACGUCUUGAGGUUGAUACUGGAUAUGCUUUAGAUAUGUUUCAAGAUAAUCCAUAUAAAACACAACAAAUACCAAACAUAGCUAAAUUUAAUGAAAAUAAAAUUGUUCUAUAUCGUAUUGGCAAACAUAUUGAUAUAAGUAAAGGACCAAUGAUUUGUCAUACUGGUAUUGUUGGUCGUUGUACAAUAAAUGGUAUUCAUAAAAUUAAAAAUGAUGCUGGUGAGACACUUUACAGAUUUCAAGGUAUUGCAUUACCAAAAGGAAUUAUUCUUAAUCACUUUAUCUAUAGUGUACUUGAAAAAAGAUCCGAAAAACUUAAUCAAACUGUAUGGAUGCCACAAAGAAUGGAACCAGAGUCUGAACAAUCAAUAUCCAUAGCAGCCAAGAACUAAUAUUAACGUUUUUUUUUGUUAGAAAUGUCUUUUUGUUAAUAAAUUCAUAUUAAUUCCAUAAGA